AUGCCUCAAGUUCGUCCUACUCAUAUUGAUCUUGCUUCAAUCCUCGCCGAGCCUAACCCUUCUGUCGACCUGCGUCUGUACGCAUAUGAAGCUUCCACAUCUAAUUUUCUCAGAGCGGUCACCAACUAUGCAAAUCGCGCAGUAGCAGAGAUCACCAAACACAGGAAUGCUCAGGAGGCAGACAAGAAACGUUUGGUUGAGAAGACUGUUGCAGUAAAGGCUGAAACUAAUCAGUGUAAGGUGAAGGAGAUUGAGCUGCUGGCUGUAAUGGAAAGGGAAAAGGAGGAGGUCCGAGAAGCUGAGACAUCAAUCACCGCUCUGAAACGCCAGCUCGCAUCAAUCCGUGAAACCUGCCAGUCUGUUGAUGCAGAGAUAGAGCAAUAUCGUGCCCUCACUGCCAAUUUGAAGAGAGAAAAAGAUCGAGAACGGCAGACGUUGGAGAUGCAUGCAGCACAAACAGGACCUGAAUUAAAUGCCUGCGAAACCCGUCUACGUUGUCAUAUCGAGGGAAUAGAGAAGGACCGGCUCCUCAUCCGAUUUACGCACAUUGACAAGCUUGACAUUGACCGUGAAUUCAGCUUCGUGCUCGACGUCGCAUCCAGCUCAAAUCAAGUGAUAACGACCACACCACCACUGCCAAAUCUCCCCAUACUACUUAAUGAACUAAACGAAACAAGAGAUAUAUUCCAUUUUAUCAGGUCAAUGCGCUCGGCGUUUGCCCUAUUAGUAGAGAAACAUUAG